AUGAUUGAUGAUUCAUAUGACUGGGUAGAGACUGAUUACGAGCUUUUCAACAGGGUGACAGUUGAAUAUUUCAACAAUGCAUCAUCGUGCGCACCAACAGAUAUCAGUUUUCUCCCAGUUGACUCUAAAGGAAUUUUUUAUCAAUAUUCUAACGGCAAUAAAUCAUAUUUAAACGAUGUAAAAGAAGGAAAAAUUAUCGUUCAAUACAAUGAUACUAGCAAUAUCUGGAUUAUCGUUCAAAAUUCCGAAGUUUUGAAAUAUAAUACUCAAUUUUACAGGAAAUGCAAUUAUGACAUCAUACAAGCCAUUCCUAACGCAAAUAAAUUAUAUCUUUUACUAGCAAACAAUUCAAUUAUCGAAUUAAGUGAAACAAGUCAAUCCACAUUCAUUUCAGCGCCAUUCCCACUAUUUAAAUCUUCCAAGAUUCUUGCAAUUCAUAUCUUUUCGAAAUAUUUAUGCACAAUUAACCAGGAUUUCGUUUUUUCAGUUUAUGAACUCAAAACCCGCCAAACAGCAUAUACAACAAAUCUUUCAGAAUUGAUAUAUGCUGAUUUCCCAGUUAAAUCUAUAGAAUCCAUUAAAUUCGCAAGUAUUUCAAAUAACGAUUUUCAUUAUUUGACUUUAGGAGUCAAUGUCGAGACCAAUGAUGGCAAAAUCGAUUCCUACGUCAUCAACGGAAUAUACCACUACAAGUAUCUCAACCUUUUCGAGACAAAAAAGAUCAGUAACGUCAAAAUUUUGUCAAUUCACCCAUCAAGGUCAUAUUUCGUGGUCAACGUUAAGGACGAUGAGUACAUAAUUACCAAGGCUUUCAAUCUAGAAGGCAGAGAUAUCGGAAGAAUCGCGAGAUAUCAAGAAAACAUGAAAUUUAUUUCAAAAGAUGUUGCAAUUUCAGAAAGUAACCACUUAGUACAACUCCUUCCUUCCAUGAGACGAAAUAAUCAACAGAUUUCGGAUGCUCUUAACAUUGUUUCUGAAAUUGUAAAUUGUUAUCCGGAAGAUGUCAUCAAUGACGCAAAAGCCGCAUUCUUUAGAGCAGAAUUCCCUGUAAGCGAACUCAGAAAAUGCGAUAAAGUUGCAAAUCUCCUUUAUAAAUUUGAUUAUAAUCUUUAUGAAAUUGUUUACAAGGGAAUUUGCAAGUUUGUUGAGCAAGUAUCAGUAGAUAAACCAUGUAAUAAGGCUAUCUUUUCAACAACAGAGCUUCCAGGCGUUUUUGACAAAGCAUUUUCUCCUUAUGCGUUUUCUAUCUUGGAAAUUGCAUUUGAUUUCCACGCAUUCAUACAAGCAGCAUGUUGCAGUCCAUCAGAAGCAAGUUUGAACUUCCUUGGCAAGGUUGGAGACAUUCUUCAUCCGAUUGUCUACAAUUACGUUACUUUUAUUAACAUAAUGAGUUCCCCUGUUAUUGAAGGAUUCGUGUUUCACCCGUCUAAGUUCGUUCCUGAUAAAUUCCCUGCUUUAUUUAAGCAAGAAAUCCGUUUUGUCAUUACAAAAUUAGGAGAAGGCAAAACUCCACAAACAUCAUACCUCAGUCAGAAAAAUAAAGCUGAAUACAUCAAGAUGCUCAUUUGCCCAACAACAGAACAAAAAUUGUUAUUAACAAAUUUAGAAGAAUAA